GUUUUUUUUUUUUUUUUUUUUUUGUAAUGGGUUUUUUUAAGAAUCUUUGUACCCUUUUUACAAUUAGGAGCCUUUGUAUUUGAUCCUAAUCCAUUAAACUAAAUGGCCAGAUCAAGUAUCUUGACGGCUUUCGUAUUUUCAAGGAUUAGGGUUUGGAUCUUCGUUGACUUUUGAAAUUAUGUGUGAACCCCAAAUUGGAAAUGGUAGCAGUUUUUCAAGAUCAUACUCCAUGCAGUUUCAUGACCACAAACAUAUAAUUUCUGGGCAUUAUUGUAUUUUUGCCAUCAAUUCACUCAAUUUAGCGAUUCUUGAUUUGAGCAGGAAGAUAUGGAUUUUAACCAAUUGCUACGUCAUCUUGUCCUAAGCAUUUUGCUCCACUAAUAAUAAUAAUAAUAAUGGUUGGACCACCAUUUGUUUCCUUUAUCUUUUCCACGUUUUCUCUUUAUGCACACCAACUGUUUGUUAAAAUGCCUCACUGAAUUCAACUGUUAGUAAUUGUAUGCAGCUAAUCUAUGUUUGUCAAAACACCUCACCCAAGUCUCAAACAUGCAAUAUAUGUGCCCAUCUUACGUGGGUUGUAAAGUUAUUACGCGGUUCUCGCAGCUGUCUACUUAAAAUUCUUCAUGUUCAUGUGAUGGUUGUGGAAUUAUAGACCAAACGUGGGAUGAAAAUGCAAUUGUUUAGUUUAACAUCUCAUUAAUUAAAGGGAAGAUGCUUUUCCACUCAACAUGGCUUUGUUUGUUUUCCAUGUGCUCAUUAAAGAUUAAUAACUAGAUAGAUACGGGUUAUCUAAAUGCUAUUAUUGUUAUUCGAGGCCCGUCCCCAAACGAAAAACCGAGACUUUCCCACGCUAGAUUACUAGACUCACUCGACCGAAGAGGUGCGGGUAUUAGACUAUUAGUGAAACAAUGUUGUCUAAGUCUAACCUCAUAAAGCUGUCUCAAUUAGCCUUUUCUUUAAGGUUAGAAAUAUUAUUAAACUUUACAAUAUUAACCUUUUUAGUCCACUGAAGUUGUACUUCAACAGAAGUCUUUAAAUAGAAACCAGGUUUGAGCAAAAGGGAUGUUCAUGUGCUCAUAAUAUUAUUAUUCUGUGAAAGAAGCAUUUUCAUUUAACAAUGAGAGAAUGUAGUGCUACUUCUCUGUAUUAUCUUCUCCUUUCAUUUCUUCUUUUUUCUGCACUGUUGCAUAGACCCACCUUUGCUGCUAAAAGGUCAUAUGUUGUGUACCUUGGAGCUCAUUCACAUAAUUUUGAAGCUUCACUCAUUGAUUUAGAUCAAGUUAAAGAUGGUCACUAUGACUUUCUUGGCUCUUGUUUGGGAAGUAAAGAUAAGGCGAAAGAUGCCAUCUUUUACUCAUACACGAGGCAUAUCAAUGGUUUCGCUGCCAUACUUGAAGACGAAGAAGCAGCCCAGAUAGCCAAGCAUCCCAGGGUAGUUUCCGUGUUCUUGAACAGGGGUAGAAAAUUGCAUACAACUAGAUCAUGGGAUUUUAUGGGGCUCGAGGAUAACGGUAUUAUUUCGUCAAGUUCGAUCUGGAAAAAAGCAAGAUUCGGUGAAAACACCAUCAUAGGAAACCUUGACACAGGCGUUUGGCCAGAAUCAAAGAGCUUUAGCGAUGACGGAAUGGGAGUCAUUCCAUCAAAGUGGAAAGGCGUCUGUCAAAACGGUGCAGACGCUAGCUUCCGUUGUAAUCGGAAGUUGAUAGGAGCAAGAUUCUUCAACAAAGGUUACGCAUCUAUGGCGGGACCUCUAAACUCGACGUUUGAAACACCACGUGAUCAUGAAGGGCACGGAUCCCACACAUUAUCAACAGCUGGAGGUAACUUUGUAUCAGACGCGAGUGUAUUUGGGUACGGGAAUGGAACUGCGAAAGGCGGAUCACCAAACGCUAGGGUUGCCGCUUAUAAAGUUUGCUUCCCACCCGUAAAUGGAAACGAGUGUUUCGAUGCGGAUAUUUUAGCAGCAUUUGAUAUGGCAAUUCAUGACGGAGUAGACGUGUUGUCUGUAUCUCUUGGUGGUGAUGCUGUUCCGUUUUUUAACGAUAGUGUUGCUAUUGGCUCUUUUCAUGCUGUUAAGCAUGGAAUUGUUGUGGUUUGCUCUGCUGGAAAUUCGGGUCCCAGUGAUGGUACCGUAUCAAACGUUGCCACCUGGCAAAUAACCGUUGGAGCUAGCACCAUGGACCGCCAGUUCCCUAGCUAUGCGGUUUUGGGCAAUAACAUGCGGUUCAAGGGUGAAAGCCUAUCUGUUAAAGCAUUACCGAAGAACAAGUUGUUUCCGCUAAUAAGCUCUGUUGAAGCGAAAGCAACCAAGGCCGAUGCUAUAGACGCGAAGCUUUGUAAGGCGGGAUCACUGGAUCCUAAAAAGGCAAAAGGGAAAAUAUUAGUGUGUCUUCGGGGAGAUAAUGCGCGCGUCGACAAAGGUCAAGAAGCAGCUUUGGCUGGGGCAGUUGGAAUGAUUCUUUCUAAUAAUGAAGCUUCCGGGAAUGAGAUUAUCGCAGAUCCUCAUGUCUUGCCUGCUACACAUAUUACUUAUACGGAUGGUCUUGCAGUUUAUCGUUAUCUUAAUUCCACAAAGACACCGGUGGCGUACAUUACGCAUCCGUCAACUCAACUUGACACAAAGCCAGCUCCGUUCAUGGCUGCUUUCUCGUCUAAAGGGCCUAACACCAUCACGCCAGAGAUUCUCAAGCCUGAUAUAACUGCACCUGGUGUGAGUAUAAUAGCUGCUUACACAGAAUCACAAGGACCCACAAAUGAAGAUUUCGAUACGCGUAGAGUUCAAUAUAAUUGCGUAUCAGGCACUUCAAUGUCAUGUCCUCAUGUUUCUGGUAUCGUCGGGCUUCUGAAAACCUUACAUCCAGAUUGGAGUCCAGCCGCAAUUAGAUCCGCCAUCAUGACCACCGCAAGAACACGGGACAAUGAGGCAAAACCAAUGACAAACGCAUCCCACAUUAAAGCAACACCGUUUAGCUAUGGUGCAGGACAUGUACAGCCAAACCGAGCCAUGGACCCUGGUCUGGUUUACGACCUGACCACAACCGAUCACCUUAACUUUCUGUGUGCACUCGGCUACACCAAGUCUCAAAUUGAGAAAUUUUCAGAAACACCCUAUGCAUGCCCAUCUAAGAACAUUAGUCUUUUAGACUUCAAUUAUCCAUCAAUUACAGUUCCUAACCUUAAUGGAUCAGUCACAGUGACUCGAACCGUUAAGAACGUGGGUUCACCAGCCACCUACACGUCGCAUGUUUUUAAACCAGCUGGUGUAUCGGUCCGGGUUCAGCCGAAGAGCUUGAAGUUUAAAAAGAUUGGUGAAGAGAAAAUGUUUAAGGUUACUUUUAAGUCCAAAAUGGGCAGGGCAGUUGGAGAGUAUGUUUUUGGGCAACUAAAAUGGUCAGAUGGAAAGCAUAAUGUGAGGAGUCCAAUUGUGGUUAAGAGUUAAGACCAUAUGAUUAGAGGGUGGGGAAAAUAUUUGAGUAAAAUAAUUUAUUUAUGAUUAUGAUUAUUGAAAUUUAGUUAUUUGGUUAUUGUACUAGGCGAUUUAUCAUUUUAAGGGGUAAAGUAGUCAAAUAAUGUGCAAAAAGAAGAUUAUAACAUCUGGAUCCUACAGCAAAUGCUGUUAGUUUCUUCAUUCUUGUCAGUUCGAAUUUAGUAUUUUCAGUUGGAUUUGAAUUCAUGUUAAAUAUAUAUCUUAUUUUAUUA